UGGUCUAUAAUGAAAUGCAAAUAGCACAUUUGUGUUUCAUCAUUCAACACCUCUCCCCUCCGUCAAAAUAUUGCAUUCCGAAAAACAUGGCGGUAACGCUGGUGAAAGUCGCAGGCAAGUUGACCAUCGGAGGUUUUGCGUUGUAUGGUUUAUCAGAAGUGCUAAGCUCACAAGAUAAUGCUAUCAAACACAUUUCGUUCCUGAACAGUAAAACUCGUGAGAAUAUUCCCGUUAAUCUACCAGAGAUGCCAACUCAAACAAAAAUAAGAAAUUCCUGGAACAGUGGAGUACAGAGGGUGUUCAGUGGAUUAGAACAAGCACCACAGACUGCUUGGGAACUGGGAGCAAAAGGAGCUUCUAGUGCAAAAGACUUCAUCAAAGAGCAAAUCAAAUAAAGCUCGAUUACAAUUGAUAUACAUCCGGAAAUGUUAAAACUCUUCAAAAGACACUGAAGCAGAGCGCAAAGCUGACAAAAGAUCUGAAAAAAUUAUGUACAGUUUUGGUUCAUUUGUACUUUCAUGCUGUUAAGGAAACAUACUUUGAAUGGGCUUAAUAAAAACAAAAUGUGACAGGG